GAUAUAAACCGUUUUUAUUUACUCUCUGGUACUUGGUAGGUAAUCAAUGCGUAUUAUCAAUGCGUAUAUUGUAUACUAUUACUAUACUAUCACAAAGUUUCAUACUCCAUUGUGGAAAAAAAUACAUUCUACAAUUCUGGUAUUUUUAUUUUCGUUUUUUUUUUUCGAUUAAUUCAUAAUGCCUUACGCAAACCAGCCAUCUGUAAAUAUAGUUGAGCUUACUACAGACUCCAUCAAAUUUCAAAUUGAAGACACCGACCUCAGCGUUGCUAAUAGUUUACGUAGAGUGUUUAUUGCUGAAACCCCGACAUUAGCCAUUGAUUGGGUCCAGCUAGAUUCGAAUUCGACUGUUUUAAGUGAUGAGUUUAUAGCAACUCGCAUCGGUCUCAUACCAUUGACAUCAGAUGAAGUAGUCGAUCGUCUUCAGUACUCCAGGGAUUGCACUUGUUCAGAUUUCUGUCAUGAUUGCAGUGUCGAGUUUAACCUUAAUGUUAAAUGUUCAGAAGACAUGACGAGACAUGUAACUACUGCUGACUUGGUAAGUAAUAAUCCUCGCGUAGUGCCUGUUACUUCGAGGAAUCAGGAUAGUGAUAUUAACGAAUAUGGGGAGAAAGAUGAUAUACUUAUUGUUAAAUUGCGUAAAGGACAAGAAUUGAAAAUUAGAGCCUUUGCUAAAAAAGGAUUUGGCAAGGAACAUGCCAAAUGGAAUCCUACUACAGGUGUGAGUUUUGAAUAUGAUCCUGAUAAUACAAUGCGACAUACUUUAUUCCCAAAACCAGAUGAAUGGCCAAAAAGUGAAUAUUCAGAACUUAAUGAUGAUCAGCAUGAAGGACAGUAUAAUUGGAAAGCUAAACCAAAUAAGUUUUUUUUCAAUGUUGAAAGCUGUGGAUCAUUAAAACCAGAAAAUAUUGUUUUAAUGGGAGUUGCUGCACUUAAAAAUAAGUUGUCAAACCUUCAAACACAAUUCACACAAGAAAUGGAUGCACUUGCUAUAAACUAAUUUUAAAUUAUAUUGAACUAUAAUAUAUAAUUUUAUAAUAAUAAGUGGUGAUCUUUUGAACUAUUUUACAAAUGUCAGUAAAUUUGUUUAUAAAUAAAUUUAAUUUCAAUAAAACUACAUUUCUUGUAUAUUAAGUACCUAUAUCAAUAUUUAAUAAGGCUGGUGUAGAAUAACAAGC